AUGGUUGAUCGUACAGCGGCUGUGAAGGCGUCUGUUCGUCUGGCCCCAGCGUGUACUGAGUGUCAGCGCCGGAAGCAGAAGUGCAGUCGUGAAUGGCCUUGUAAUCACUGUCAAGCCAGAAGAAUUGCCCAUCUUUGUAAAUUUACUCCCAAGAAAGUCCUCCGGACAGCAAAGACAGCAGCCGACGAUCCAAGGGAACCAGAGGCACCUAAGGAACUGGAUAUAACAGAUCAUGAACCUCUACAAAAUAUUGACCUAACAAGUGUCUCCAAUUAUGACGAUUUCCGGGCCUUGGGGUAUCUGCCUGACUUCCAAGGCGCGCCAGAUGACAUUUCUACGGCUGACAAAUCCCCCGUAAUUCCACCAAAUCUCCCAGGCACUCGGUCCAGCGAGGUGGAAAAUGCUCUGCGCGUCCUUCCCCCCAAACCAUACAUAGAUAUCUUAAUCCAACACUUCCUCAAUAAUACAAAUUAUCACUACUGUGCUCUCUACCCGCCAGCAUUUUUGUCCGACUACUCCACCUGGUGGUCGAGAAAAUCAAAUGGGCAGCCAAUCACUUCAGAGUUUACAUGCUUGUUACUACGUGUAUGCGCAUGCUCUGCCCCUUAUCUUGACGAUGAACUGCGGGAGAAACUAGAAUCGGAACUAGGGGAGAGCAUAGAGCAUCAAUCAAGGCUCUACCAUAAUGCAGCCAAGCAAAUAAGCAGUACCAUCGCGCCAGGCAAAGGUGGCUUAAUACAAGUGCAACAAUUGUUUCUAACAGCACAAUGGCUCAAGACAGAGUCUUUGUUUGUCGAGUCAUGGCACGCCUUAGGUGUUGCUAUUCACGAGGCACAAGAACAAGGCAUGCAUAAAAGUUCUUCCAAUCCAAAAAUACCAGAAUUCGACCGAGAGAUGAGAAAGCGAGUGUGGUGCAUACUAUACACCUGGGAUUGGCAAAUGUCCCUGCUACUAUCCCGCCCAUUUAUAAUCAACAGCAGUUACUGCGCGUUUGAACUGCCCAACUUGCGGUUAGAGUCUGUUGACUCAGAGCCAGAGUGCCCAUCACCAGUUGCCCACAUGGUUCUUGAGUGUCAGCUUGGCCUAGCAAUUUCCAAGAUACCCGGGGUAAUGGGUGGGGUGCUGUCUCCGAUGCAAGCAAUGUCUAUCCACCAGGAAGUCGAAAAUUGGAGCGAUUCUUUCCCUCCUCCUUAUGCGGUUCCACAUCCAGAUACAAAAUGGGAUGAUUCUCACCAGUUUAUAAAGCUACAGCGCCAUACACUGAACCUCAUAGGGCAUAUGGUGAAGCUGAUGCCAUUGAAGCAAUGUCUCACGAAGUAUAUUGACCCAAAUAGCCCUAGCAUAGAAAGGAGCCUCCGGGAAAAUGCCGUUGAGUGUGCAAUGAAACUUAUCAGAACUUGCGCCGAGAUGCUUGAGUACUUGUCUCCUUUUAAUGCGAAGUUCCACUUUGCUCCGUUCCUCAUUUUCGACACAGCCGCUUUGCUCUGUUCCGCCAUCGUGCAUGACAAAAGUCGGACUCUUCCACAACACGAAAGCAUUAUCGAGACGAUUGACAUCGCCCUUGAUCAGCUAGAUCGGAUUUCCCGGGUUUCCGGGAUUGUUAAAACCGGGAGUAUAUGUUACUCUGUUCUUAACAAGCUGGUGGCUAAACUUCCCAUAUCAAGAGAAGCGGCCCCUGUAUCCUCUAAGUCUCCACAAAGCUCAAUCGAUGCGCCUCAGACCCUUCCCAAUAUGCAUAUCCCAAAUACAGACCCUUCAUUUUGCUUCCCCACGACGGUGCCACCACUUGAUACACUCGAUCCCGAACUGAUCACACCUACGGGACCAGAUCUCUUUCCUUCAGAACCAAUGAUCAACAAUCUCGAUGGAUUUUCUGAUAUUUUGCAAGUAGAUUUAGGCGAACUGGGACAAAUUUGGGACUGGGAAAAUCUUGACCUUAACCUCCAGAACACAACAUUUAUUUAG